CAACGUGAUCUAAUGUAAUUCAUAUACAAUGUUGCUGGGAAUGCUGGAAGGACACUGGGAAAGAAACUAUGUGAUGGAACUACAGCAGUUUGAACAGUCACAGACCCACAGAAUGAAAGUUCCCAUCAUUAUUGAUUCUAGAGUGGAGGACAGUGAUGAAGAGGAGAAGGUGUUUCCCAAGCCUGUUGUUGAAGACAGAAACAUUGAGUUUGCAAAGAGAUGUACCGAGUUAAUAAGUGAUGUCACCUAUAAAGAACAGUAUGAAAAAUCUAAGGGCAAGUGUGCCUUUGUUCCGGAUACACUUACACUGAAAAAUGUUUCCGAUUCAAUUUCCGAGACAAAAUACAAGGAAGCGGGAAAGAAGGGACUUUCCAACUCUUUGUACAAGAUGAUGCCGGCCACCGUAGACACUGCGUUUGCUAAAGAAGUUACACAGCUACAGAGCAAGGUCCUUUACAGACAGAAAUAUGAUGCAGAAAAGGGAAAAUCAAGUUAUGCCCAGAUGCAAGAGCCUCCAGAUAUGAAGCAUGCCAAGGAAGUUAACAGACACCAGAGUAAUGUAUCCUAUAAGAAGGACGCAUUGGACAUUCAUAAAUACACGGAGGUGUUGGACAGACCAGACAUACAGAAAGCAAAAGAAACUGCUAAAUUCAUCAGCAAUAUUGGAUAUAAGAAAGGCAGAGAAGACAUGAACAAAGAGUCAGUUGUUUUAGGAAGACCAGAUUUUGAACACGCCAAAGAAGCCUCUAAGCUUUCCAGCCAGGUAAAAUACAAAGAAAAAUUUGUCAAGGAAAUGAAGGGUAAAAAGCCAAGUUACAACCCUCUUGACAGUGCCUCCUUCAAACAAGCUCAAGCGGCAAAUGCACUUGCAAGUAAUGUUAAAUACAGGAAACACCUGCAAGAUAUUCAUGACCCCUCGAUAGACAUGCCAAACCUGCUGUACCUGCAGCAUGCACUGAAGACUAGCAAAAUGCAAAGCAAUAACAUGUACAAGAAGCAAUUUGAAGAAAAUAAAGGAAUCUAUCAUUUUGCGUUGGAUACAGCAGAGCAGAUUCAUCACAAAGAAAAUGCUGUGCUGCAAAGCCAGGUUAAAUACAAGGAGAAAUAUGAGAAGUCUAAGGGAAGGUCAAUGCUUGAAUUUGUUGAUACUCCAUCAUAUCAAGUUUCAAAGGAGGCUCAGAAGAUACAGAGUGAGAAAGAAUAUAGAAAAGAUCUGGAAGAAGGGAUAAAAGGAAAAGGACUAAUGGGCUUAGAGGACACUCCAGAUUUAAUAAGGGUGAAGAAUGCUGGUCAUAUAUUGAAUGAGAAAGAAUACCGCAAGGACUUUGAGAACAAUAUUAAAGGAAAAGGCAUGAAAUCUAGUGCCGACAUCCCCGAUAUGAUCAGAGCAAAAAGGGCAACAGAAAUAGCUAGCCAGAAAGAAUACACAAAAGAUUUUGAAACAGAAAUUAAGGGAAAGGGGAUGAUAAUAGGGAGUGAUUUACCUGAGAUACAACGAGUCAAGAGGGUUUCUGAAAUGGUGAGCCAGAAAGGAUACACAAAAGACUUGGAAGCAGAAAUUAAAGGCAAAGGAAUGCAAAUAGGGGCUGAUAUGCCUGAAAUACAGCGGGUCAAGAGAGUAUCUGAAAUCGUAAGUCAGAAAGGAUACACAAAAGACUUUGAAGCAGAAAUUAAAGGAAAGGGGAUGCAAGUAGGGGCUGAUAUGCCUGAGAUACAACGAGUCAAGAGGGUAUCUGAAAUUGUGAGCCAGAAGGAAUAUAGGAAAGACUUAGAAACUGAGAUCAAAGGGAAAGGGAUGCAGAUUGGACCAGAUAUUCCAGACCUGCAGAGAGCAAUGAAAGCCUCAGAGAUUGCGAGUCAGAAAAAAUACAAAGACGAAGCUGGAAAACUGCUCUCAACAUAUUCUUCCAUAGCAGAUACUCCAGAGAUAGCGAGGGUGAAGGCCACUCAGAAAAACAUAAGUUCUGUUUUGUACAAGAAAGGUGUGGGAGUUGGUACUGCUGUUAAGGAUACACCGGAGACAGAACGAGUAAAGCUAUCUCAGCAAAAUAUCAGUACUGUGAAAUAUAAAGAUGAUAUUGGACCUGCAACAGCCAUUUCUGAUCUCCCAGAAGUAAAGAGAGUUAAGGAAAUCCAGAAAAACAUUAGCAGUGUCCAAUACAAGGAGCCGCAGUUCAAAGCAACACCUGUGACCGUCACUCCAGAAAUGGAAAGAGUCAAAAAGAAUCAGGAACAUUUCAGCACGGUUCACUACAAAGACAAAGUUGGGAGAGCUACUGCAGUGAGCUGCACUCCAGAAAUGCAAAGAGUGAAAAAGAAUCAGGAGAAUAUUAGUUCGGUUAAGUACAGCAACGACUUGAAACAACUGAAAGGUAGACCUAGCAUAAUUUUAGACACUCCAGAAAUGAGGCAUGUGAAAGAAACACAAAACCACAUAUCCAUGAUCAAGUAUCAUGAAGAUUUUGAAAAGGGUAAAGGUAAAGGUUUUACCCCAGUUGUGGAUGAUCCCAUAACAGACCGUGUGAGAAGGAAUACACAGAUUGUCAGUGAUGCAGCCUAUAAAAAUGUACAUCCGCAUGUAGUUGAGAUGGACAGAAGAUCUGGGAUGGUUGUAGACUUAAAAGUUUGGCGCACAGACCCAGGCUCCAUCUUUGACAUUGAUCCACUAGAAGACAAUAUCCAGUCUAGGAGCCUGCGUAUGCUAACUGAGAGAGCAAGUCAAUAUAAGAGGCAUUGUUGCCACUCUGCCGGUGCUGUUGGAUUAAGUCAGGGAGAUGACAGGUCAGAGGUAUCCGAGAUGAACCCUAGUUUCUCUUACUACAGUGAGGGAACAAGGGCAUCUGAUGAAGGAGCUCCAGGGCAACAUCACCCAGGCUACGGUUAUAUGCACCAAAGCAGUGCUUCUUCAGUGAGGUCAGCACAGUCCCAGCAUGCUCAGCCACUUUCACCAAGCAUGAGAACAUAUAGAGCCAUGUAUGACUACUGCGCGCAAGAUGAAGAUGAAGUGUCCUUUAGAGAAGGCGAUUAUAUUGUCAAUGUUCAGUCAAUCGACGAAGGCUGGAUGUAUGGCACAGUGCAGAGAAGUGGAAAAAAUGGAAUGCUUCCAGCAAAUUACAUCGAGCUGGUUAACUGAUAUUUAAUUGUAGUUUGGAUUUGUUCUGAGAGAAUCUUACCAUUCAUUUAUUGUUUAUUGACAUAUUUUGAAGAUAACAUUCAUUUCAGAUUACAGACUUACUUUUGAAAGCACUAGCAUCAAAUUAAGUGGUUAUUUAUUGAAUUUUUUUUUAGUUUUUUUAACUAUAAAAUCUGAAUUUUUAGUGGAAAAAAAACAUAACGUUUUU